AUGGCGUACCCGAGAAGUUCGCUGGAAAACUCGCCGCUGGCGUCCGGCAACGUCCCGGCCUUCCUCACCAAGCUGUGGACUUUGGUGGAAGACCCCUCCACGGACGCGCUCAUCUGCUGGAGCCCGAGCGGGAGCAGUUUCCACGUCUAUGAUCAGGGUCGUUUCUCCAAAGAGGUCCUUCCCAAGUUUUUCAAGCACAACAACAUGGCUAGCUUCAUCCGACAGCUCAACAUGUACGGCUUCCGGAAGGUGGUCCACAUGGAGCAGGGCGGUUUGCUGAAACCCGAGAAAGACGACACCGAGUUCCAACACCUCUACUUUGUCAGAGGCCAGGAGCGCUUGCUGGAGAACAUCAAACGCAAAGUCACCAACGUGUCCGCGGCGCGUCAAGACGAGAGCCAGAUCUCCUCGCGCGGGGUCGGCAAGCUUCUCGAUGACGUGCAGGCCAUGAAGGGAAAGCAGGAGACCAUGGACUCCAAAAUCAACGCCAUGAAACAUGAGAACGAGGCCUUGUGGAGGGAGGUGGUGUGUCUGAGACAGAAACACGCUCAUCAACAGAAAAUGGUCAACAAGCUGAUCCACUUCCUGGUGUCGCUGGUCCAGUCCAACGGGAUCGUGGGAGUCAAGAGAAAACUCCCGCUGAUGCUGAACGACGCCGGCUCCGCCCACUCCCUGCCCAAGUACGCUAGGCCCUUCUCCGUUCAGGCGGCGCCCUCUCUCUUCCCGACGGAAUCCUCCGGACCGGUCAUCUCCGACGUGACGGAGCUGACCUCUGCCGAGGAGGCGCUCGGCGAAUGGACGGAAGCGGGGAAGGCGAGCGACGGCGAGGAGGAACGAGCGCCGGCCCCCGAGGCGCUUCCGUCCGGAGACACGCCCCUUUCGCCCGCCACCUUCAUCGACUCCAUCCUGCGGGAUAACGACGCCGGCGCGAUAACAGCCGCCGGUCCUCGCCCCGCCGCCGAUACGGCGCCGACCUGUCAGACGCUGGCGUGUAUCGAUAAGUCCGAGCUGUCCGAUCACAUCGAAACCAUUGACAACAGUCUGGAAAACCUGCAAAACAUUCUCAGCAACCAAAGCUUCACCUUUGACACGUCGCCGCUCAUGGAGCUCUUCAACCCCACCUGUCCUCCGGGUGACUUUGACGCCAGCGCUCUGGACACGCUUCUGGGCGACCACUUCCCCAAAGGAGCCGAGGAAAGCCACGACGCCGGCAAGCAGCUGGUGCAGUACGCGCGGGCCCAGCAUUCGGACGGGGGCGGGGGCGGGGCAGACUUGCCGUCGCUUCUGGAAACGGAGCCUUUCCUCCUUCCUGACAUCGGCGACGACUUGAACUCCGACCUAUGA